AUGAGGGGUCGGGCCCCCUCGAGAAAGAAGAGUAGGGAAGAUGCCGAAAAUCGGAAGACCCUGUUUGUGGGGAACCUUCCAUUUUCCUACUCCAUAGAAGACAUUUUCAAAAUCUUCCAAAGACAUGAGAGGAUUGCCGAGGUCUUUCUUCCCCAUUUCCCUGGAACCAGCAAAUCUAGGGGUUACGCCUUCAUCUGUUUCAUGUACGAAGACAAUGCUCAUGCAGCAAUAAGGGUGUUGGAUGGGAAGAAGAUUAAUGGGAGAACAGUCGCAGUGAAGGAGGCAAGGCCCAAAUCCCAUCGACGUCCGGAUUCUUCAGGGGUCCAGACCCAGGGGGCUAAUCUCCAAGCUGGAAAUAGUGAGGAAGGAAAACUCCCCAACAAGUGCCCAGUGGUCUCCCACAGGGGCUGGGAGAAGCCUCCAGCCCAGAUGAAAAGACCCCACUUAGUUGCUAGGAGUGUCACGGCAGACCCAGAGGGUGUUGCUAGGAAACUCCUAGAGCUUCAACUUGGGCUAGUGGGAGACUCAGUUGAGAGCAAGGAGCAGGAGGAGGAUUGGGGAGGGGGUGAUUCCCCUAGGCCCACCCCUUCGGACCAUUUGGGAUCGGUAGGAUCCUAUCCACCUCAUAAGGGGCUCACUGAUGGCUUCAUUUCGGUCUACCGUCAACUGGACUUAUCGAUAGAUCUAUCCUCUUAUCACCUCCCUCAGAGUGAUACAGGGGCCCAUACUUUCAGAAGGCAGGAGGAACGCUGGAACAAGGAUGCUCUAAUAGGGGAGGGGCUUUCUCAGGCAUCAAGGUCUUCGCAGUUCAGAGACAGCACCAGCCAUGGUGCUGAGAAGGAAGCUGCAGUUAGGGCUUCAGAUAGGACCCCUUUCCCUCAGCCAUUUAUUUCCUCAUCACGGGAUUUUUCACCUGAUUUUGGCCAUGGUCAAGGUGUCAGAUCUCACAGGAAGGAAGAAGGGUUCUGUUCAGGGUCAGACAAGUGGAAGGAGAAACUCCAAAAGCUAUGA